UGCGCGGAAGCCGCUGGCGGGACGGGAGCGAGUGUUGAUCCGGCUGCGGUAGAGAACCCCCUGGGCUUCAGGGUCCAGCGCGAUGGCUUCCUUCGUGACGGAAGUUUUGGCUCACUCGGGGAGCUUGGAAAAGGAGGAUCUCGGCACCCGGAUCAGCCGUCUGACUCGGCGGGUGGAGGAGAUCAAGGGCGAGGUGUGCAGUAUGAUCAGCAAGAAGUACAGCGAGUUCCUCCCAAGCAUGCAGAGUGCACAGGACCUGGUUACACAGGUUGCUAAGUUGUCUGAUGACAUUGACUUGCUGAAGUCCAGGAUAGAGAGCGAGGUCCGCCGGGAUCUUCAUGUAUCAACUGCUGAAUUUACAGACUUGAAGCAACAGUUGGAGAGAGACUCCAUAGUCCUGAGUUUGCUUAAACAGCUGCAAGAGUUUUCUACUGCUAUUGAAGAAUAUAACUGUGCAUUGGCAGAGAAGAAGUAUGUCGCUGCAGCUCGGCAUCUGGAAGAGGCACAGAAAUGCUUGAAGUUAUUAAAAUCAAGAAAGUGUUUUGAUUUAAAAAUGUUGAAAUCGCUCAGCAUGGAGCUUACAAUACAGAAACAGAACAUCCUGUAUCAUCUUGGAGAAGAGUGGCAGAAGUUGAUUGUGUGGAAGUUCCCACCGGCAAAAGAUACCAGUGCUUUAGAAUUGUGCCUGCAAACAGAGCUUCAUUUAUGCACUGAACAGUCCCAGAAAGAGGAGAUGAUGCCUGUACCACCCAUCAGCUCUGUCCUUGCGGCAUUUUCUAUUCUUGGAGAACUACAGACUAAGCUUAAAUCAUUUGGUCAGAUGUUGCUGAAGUACAUCCUCAGGCCUCUGGCGUCCUGCCCGUCCCUUCAUGCUGUGGUAGAGAACCAGACGAAUGCAGUUGUGGUUCGCUUUGAGUCUCGGAUGACCGAGCUGGAGCAUCCGUCGCCGUCUGAAGUUUUCGCAAAGAUCCAGCUGGUACUGGAAGUGCUCCAGAAGCAUCUCCUAGAUUUGCCUCUUGACUCCGACCUAGAAAAUGAGAAAUCCUCUCCAGUCGUGCUGGCCGAGGUGCUAGGCGCUGUGGUCUGGGAGGACUUGUCCGAGUGCCUCAUCAAGAACUGCUUGGUUUAUUCAAUCCCAACGAACAGCAGCAAGCUGCAGCAGUAUGAAGAGAUCAUACAGUCCACUGAAGAAUUUGAAAAUGCCCUAAAGGAAAUGCGGUUUUUAAAAGGAGAUACUACUGAUUUGCUGAAAUACGCUCGUAAUGUCAAUUCUCAUUUUGCUAAUAAGAAGUGCCAAGAUGUGAUUGUGGCGGCCAGAACCCUCAUGACCUCUGAAAUUCACAACACCGUGAAGAUUGUUCCUGAUUCUAAGGUAAAAGUCCCAGACUUACCCAGCCCUGGUGAGGACGACAAGCGAGCGGUGCAGAAAGUGGCCCCAGUUCAGUGUGAGGGAGCCGCGGACCUGGAGCCUGAAGACUCGCUGGACCCGCACUCCUUUUCUUUGCCCACGUGCCGUAUCAGUGAGUCAGUGAAGAAGUUGAUGGAGCUGGCCUAUCAGACUCUACUGGAAGCAACAACCAGUAGUGACCAGUGUGCUGUUCAACUUUUCUACUCAGUGAGGAAUAUCUUCCAUUUGUUCCAUGAUGUUGUGCCGACAUAUCAUAAGUAAGUGCCGUUGUCUCAU